UGGAGUGAGGGACAGAGGAUGAUGAUGUACGGAUGAAAACCCUAACAAGAAUCUAAAACAAAUGAAUAUAAAUAAUUUCUCCGAUUCUCACUACCGUGCUUUUUCAGCUGGAUCGUGUUCAUCUUCCAUCUGACUUCUUUCUCUGCAAAUCCUAUGGCGUUUUUUUAUUCUCUUUCCCCCACUUUCUCUAUUUCUGUAUCUUAACUCCCUCCGUCUCUCACUAGAACCCCUUUUUGUCUCUCGGCUCCAUGGACUACAGAGCUGCUCUCUCCGAUUCCAACGACUUCAGUGGCAGUAGCAGCAUCUGCUGCAUCGCAGCCACCACCGAAUCCCUUUCCUCGGAGGUUUCUCCGCCGGACAUCUCGGCUCUCAGGCGCCUUUCGGAGAAUCUCGAGUCGGUGUUCGAGUCCCCCGAGUUUGACUUCUUCACAGACGCCAGGAUCGUGGUCGCCGGAGGCCGGGAGGUGCCGGUGCACCGGUGCAUUCUUGCGGCGAGGAGCGUGUUUUUCAAGGCCGUGUUGGCGGGGGCGAGGAAGGAGAAGGAGGCGAAGUUCGAGCUGAAGGAUUUGGCGAAGGAAUUCGAUGUUGGGUACGACUCGCUCGUGGCGGUUUUGGGGUAUUUGUAUAGUGGGAGAGUUGGGGCGUUGCCAAAAGGCGUUUGUGCGUGCGUUGAUGAUGAUUGCCCCCACUCCGCUUGUAGGCCCGCUGUGGAUUUCAUGGUGGAGGUGCUCUAUGCUUCUUUCGCUUUUCAGAUCUCUGAAUUGGUCGGCCUUUAUCAGAGACGCCUGAUGGACAUUCUUGACAAGGUUGCUUCAGAUGACAUUUUAGUGAUUCUAUCUGUUGCUAAUCUGUGUGGUAAAGCAUGUGAUAGAUUGUUAGCGAGGUGUAUUGACAUUAUCAUCAAAUCUGAUGUGGAUGUCGUGACUCUGGAGAGGGCCUUGCCCCAAGAAAUGGUGAAACGGAUUGUGGAUUCGCGAUUGGAGCUUGGCUUUGAGGAGCCUGAAAGCACCAAUUUUCCUGACAAACAUGUGAAGAGGAUACACCGGGCUCUGGAUUCAGAUGAUGUUGAAUUGGUGAGGAUGCUACUGAAAGAGGGACAUACUACUCUAGAUGAUGCAUAUGCCCUUCACUAUGCUGUGGCAUUUGGUGAUGCAAAGACCACAACCGAGCUUCUUGAUCUUGGACUUGCUGAUGUUAACCAUAAAAAUCAUAGGGGCUAUACUGUGCUACACAUUGCUGCAAUGCGGAAAGAGCCCAAGAUUAUAGUAUCCCUUCUUACUAAGGGAGCUCGGCCAACUGAUAUCACGCCAGACGGUAGAAAUGCACUGCAAAUAGCAAAGAGGCUCACCAGGGCUGUGGAUUACCAUAAGUCUACUGAGGAAGGAAAACCUUCUCCCAAGGAUCAGUUGUGCGUAGAGGUAUUGGAGCAAGCGGAAAGACGAGAUCCAUUGAUAGGGGAGGCUUCGUUUUCUCUUGCUAUAGCAGGCGAUGAUCUGCGAAUGAAGCUGUUGUACCUCGAAAAUAGAGUUGGACUAGCAAAACUUCUAUUCCCCAUGGAAGCUAAAGUGGCAAUGGAUAUUGCACAAGUGGAUGGCACUUCUGAGUUUACACUCACUGCAAUCAGGCCUAGGAAUUUGGCUGAUGCCCAGAGGACAACUGUGGACUUAAACGAGGCGCCUUUCAGAAUUAAAGAGGAGCACCUAAAUAGGCUAAGAGCACUGUCCAAAACUGUGGACCUUGGGAAACGCUUUUUCCCUAGAUGCUCAGAAGUACUCAACAAGAUCAUGGAUGCCGAUGACUUAUCAGAUUUGGCAUACCUGGGCAACGGCACUACAGAGGAGCGACUUCUGAAGAAGAGGAGGUACAAGGAACUCCAGGACCAACUGUGCAAGGCAUUCAAUGAAGACAAAGAGGAGAAUGAUAAGUCUAGGAUAUCAUCCUCAUCAUCAUCCACAUCUCUAGGGUUUGGAAGGACUAACAGUAGACUCUCUUGCAAGAAGUAAAGAAUUCACUCAAAUGAAGGCUGCAGAACUGCAUCUUUUGCCACUGUUGUAUAUGUUUCCCCUUUUUCUUCCUUUUCUGUUUUUACCUACCUGUACAUGGUUUCCAACUAUAGGAGUGAGAUGUUUUGACUUAUGUUGUUUGAAGCCAAAACUGGCGAUAAUUGAGACACAAACAAAUGAAAAACAUUGAGUUACGGAUUUGGCUCUUUACAGAAAUAGAUGGUAAUUACAAUUUACAA